CCUCCGCUGGAUCUAUCGGCUUACGCGCAUGAAAUAAUGUAUGCGGUCGUACGCAUUGAGAUUUUACAUUUUCGAAAAGCUCGAGCAGGGGAGAGUGGACUGGCGGGGAAAAAGCACUCGGAACUGAAAUGGGUGGCACAUAUCGCUCGACUUGAGAUAUUUACUCGGCUCCUGCCUUUCCGUUUGGAAAGUGCUAACCAGUGGUUCCCUGCAUGGCGUCCGUGGAUGAACAGACUCGGAUCAAGAGGAUUGCGUCCUCGAUCCGCGUCAUUCCCGACUUCCCUAAGCCUGGUGUUAUGUUUCAAGAUAUCACGACGCUGCUGCUGGAUCCCAAAGCGUUUAGGGAUACUGUGGAGUUGUUUGUGGAGAGGUACAGGGACAUGCGGAUCUCUGUUGUGGCUGGUGUUGAAGCUAGAGGGUUUAUCUUUGGCCCUCCCAUUGCUCUUUCGAUUGGAGCAAAAUUUGUACCUUUGAGGAAGCCAAAAAAGCUACCAGGUGAAGUAAUUUCAGAAGAAUAUUCUCUAGAAUAUGGUACAGAUACAAUGGAGAUGCAUGUUGGUGCUGUCCAAUUUAAUGAUCGUGUCCUUGUUAUUGAUGACCUUAUUGCAACUGGAGGGACCUUAUGUGCCGCAAUCAAGCUAAUUGAACGUGCAGGAGCAGAGGUGAUUGAGUGUGCUUGUGUUAUUGAGCUGCCAGAAUUAAAGGGUCGAGAAAGACUGGGAGACAGGCCGCUUUUUGUCCUCGUGAAAGGUUGAAAGGCGCCUAAAUUGCCAAAGUUUUAUCUGACUGUAACGUGGCAAUUUUCAGCUGUGGAUUCUGAAGGGUACCAACUGACAGCUAGUACUAAAACGAUAUUGUUAUUCUAUCAUUUUGGACAUCUUUAUAUUAAGUAUUUUCUGCUUAAUAGAACAAAAAUUGUUAAAUUAGUAGCUGUUUUUCUUUGUGCACCGGUUGAUCAACUCAUGAAUUAAUUAUGAAGCCUUGAGUUAGGGAAUGCAAAAUCAUUUGGAUAGAUUGCUGA